CACCAGUCGCAACCAACUCACGCACGGUAAUAGGUCGCGCGUGUUUUAAUAUAAUUUAUUAUAUUAAACAAAUACUUAAGACAUAAAAAAACAUAGUAAUUAUUACUAUUUAAAUAUAACAAUAAUAGUAAAAAUAUUUAAAUUUAAAAAAAGUGCGUUAGUGAUAAAUAAUCACUAGUUUUUUUUUUAUUUCGUUGUCCCUUUUGAUAUUUACGUGCACAGUGAAUUUAAUAAAUUGUAUAAACGGUGAGAAUUUAUUUAAGGAUAUAUAUAUAUAUAUAUAUGAUUUAUUAAUAUAUCUAUAUUCAUAAUAAAAGGGAGCUAGAGGCUGAGAGACUAGUGCGCGCGCAAACAAAGACAAAACAGACGGUCGUACUUGUAAACCGCGUGCAGCGUGCGCUAUUCGAAUUUAUUGUCCUUGAGUUUUUUUUCUUUUUUUUUUUAAAUUUCUAUUUGUGUGGUUUUUUUUUUUUUUUUUUUAUUAAUUAAUUAAUUUGAAAAUUAUUUUUGAGUUACGUUUAAAUCGUGUUGUGAGAUAAUAUAAAAUAAAAAUAAUAUUUUAAAAAAUAAAGUAAAAGCCAAGUGAAUAAAUUAGUGGAUAACGUGGAGGCCGUAGUGAGGGAGAGACGAGGAAACUUGGAUCAGUUUUUUUUUUAACAACAGUGGAGCAAAACGGCCUCAAACUGUGGGGCUCCGGGGCGUUUUUCCUUCCACCCCAAGGGAUGUACUAUCCUCACGUGGUGCAGACAGGGAUGGCUGCGCCUUACGGUGGGGGUGUAUUUCCACCCCCUGUUAACGGGGUAACCGGGGUUGUGGGGGCUGCAGGAGCUACUGGUGAAGUGAAACCGCCUCCGCCAGUACCUUCGAAAGAAGAAAAUACUGGUGCUCAGCAGCAAGCAACCCCUGGUGGGCAACAGAUACAAGCUACACAAGGGACACAGCAUCAAGCUACGCCUGGUGCGCCAGCUGCCACAAGUUUCAGUCCACCACCUCCUCCAAAUGGGGUUGAUCAACAGGCAAUCUCAGAAGUAUUUCAAGCAGCAGUGCAAGCCGCGGCGGCAGCAGCAGCAGCAAAUAGCGGAGGUCAGCAGCCAGCGCCAGCCUCAGGUGGAACUGAAGCAAGCCCUGAGGGUGGAGUUGAAAGUAACAGCAUGGUGCCCGUUACGUCGGGAGCGACGACACCGGCGACAGCGACACAAGGAACUGACCUCAAGGGUCAGCCAAAGCGACUUCACGUCAGCAACAUACCUUUUCGUUUCAGAGACCCUGAUCUCAGGGCAAUGUUUGGACAAUACGGUCCUAUUUUGGAUGUAGAAAUAAUAUUUAAUGAACGCGGAAGCAAGGGAUUCGGUUUUGUAACAUUCGCGAAUAGUGCCCAUGCGGACCAGGCACGUGAGAGGCUACACGGCACCGUGGUUGAGGGCAGAAAGAUUGAGGUGAACAACGCUACAGCGAGAGUGCAGACCAAAAAACCACCGACAGUGCCAAAUGUUUGUGUCCAGUGGCCAGAGGCUGCAGCAUUGAGAGGAGUUGCCAUUCAACGCGGACGUGUUGGUCCAGCAGCUAGAGCAGCUUUUCCAGCUGGCGCAGCUUUAGCACUUGCACGUAAUCCGGGACCACUUGCAGCAGCCGCUGCUGCGACGGCUUUGCAUCCUUUUGCAUCAACUGUCUACUAUGAUCCUUUCCUAGCAGCACAUGCCGCGACGCAAGAUCCAAACUACAGGCUACAGCUGGAAUGGCCGCAAGCAACAACUGACGCAGCAGCAGCAGCCGCGGCGGCAUCGCCACUUUUGAAGACCCCGUUAUCGACAGCUCAACAGGCGACUUAUGCAGCGGCAGCAACAUAUACAGCAGUGGCUGCACGAGCUUACGGCGCGGCCGCAGCAGCAGCUCAACCGGUCGCAGGAUAUGCCGCAGUUGCGGGGUACGGCCGUGAGUAUGCAGAUCCUUACCUUGGACACAGCAUUGGACCCAUGACAAAUUAUGGGGCGACGGUGUAUCGAGGUGGUUACAACAGGUUUACACCCUACUAGAAACUACCCAGCCCUCCUACAGGAGUUUAUUUCAUCACAUACUCGAGCAACUCAUGACCAUAAUAAUAAUUAAUCUUCGAGACACAAAACUCUUCUUUAUAAGUCUCUUUAGUAUCCCCGAAGUCCAUGUAAAAAAAAUUAAAUUUUAAAAUAAGUAAUAAGCGCACUAAUAAAUCGAUAAUAAAUCGGGUCAAGAUGACGUUGAUGAUGACAACGACGAUGACGUUCAAGUCGAUCAUCAUCAGCAGCAGCAGUAGUACCAUCUCACAUCAGUUAAUGAAGAUGACCACGAGUUGACGUACGUUAACGACAACAAAGCCGACAAAAUUUGACGGGCAGCGAUGGCGGUGGAUUUGAUGAUGCCAGUGGAUUUCGAUUUACAAUCGAUUUUACAAAACCGCUAGUGUAAAACCAGCAAACUGUGGAUCGAGAUCGGCGGGUUAGAAAAUUGAAUCGGUUUAAUGCGACCUCGUGGAUCAUUUAAAUUUAAAUUGACAGCUCGCUUCGUAAAGUGACAGUCGUUCGUGGCCGGGGUGACGUGCCUGUGACAUUACGAAUUUACGUUGUCAUCCAUCCGAUAAAUAAAAACGACAUUUCGAUAUAAUAUAUAACAUAAAACCGAAUUUAAUUUCAUCACUGAUUAACUUACAGAUUAAAAUAUAAAUUUUUUAAAUUUAUACUCAAGUCCGAGGCUAAGGAGAUUCGAUAUAUCCAUUAUUUUUCUUCGUAUUUAUAAUUUAUUCAUAUUUAUAUAUAUUAUUGUACACUUGUUAUCCCAUUCAUAGAUUUAAUUAUCACAUAUUAUCAUAUAUUAAUAUAUAUCUAUAAGAUAUCGUUUAAAAUCAGACAUAUUUAUAUGAAUUUCCAGUCGCAUUAUAUAUAUACACAUAUAUAAAUUAUUUAAAUAAAAUAUGAAUAUUAUACAAGAAUAAUUGAUAUUAAUAUAUAAAUAAAUAUAUGACAAUAUGUGAUAAUUAAUUUUUUUUUUUUUUUUAAAUCGAACAAAAUCAUUUGCCAAAUUGUAAUAUAGUUGAAUAUCGAGUAUCGAUGAGAUAUUCGUUUUUUAAUCAUAAAUAUUACCUGUGUAUAAUAAUUAAUAUUAAAAAUAAUAAAUAAUGAAUGUAAUUAUUUUAUUUUUAUUUUUUUUUUUUUAAUUAUCUCGCGUAUAUUAAAAUCAUGUCACAGCAGCACUCGAUUCUCCAUGAAAUCGCUUGUCAUUUUACGAACGCGGGAUAAAAUAAUAAUAAUUAAUAAUAAAAAAAAAAACAAAAACAAAAAAAAAUCUAAAUGAACAAAAAAAAAAUUAAAAAAAAAAGUUAUUAUUGUAAAAUUACAAGGAAAUAUUUAGGUAGCUAGAGUAAUUAAUAUUAAGACUUUGUGUGUAAGUUGGUAGAUUUAUAUGCCAAAUAUGUGUGUAGGUUUACAAAAAAACCAAACGUCUAGGUACAAUAGAACGUUAGUGUGUUACAGAAACGUAAUAAAAAUAUAAAUACUGAUUUAUUAAUUAAAGUAUUUAAAUAGUUGAUAAAUAAAAUGAAAAAAUACUGGACUGUACGUACCGGAUUCUGGUAAACAGGGUCUAGUCACUUAUACUCUCUACCGUUUACAGUUUAAUGUUUACUGCUUUUUAUUAUUUUUUUUUUUUGUAAUUAUUUAUAUGAUAGUUUUUUUUUUAUAUAUAUAUUUUAAGAGUCUCAUUUUGUUCAAUUGCCUCUUGGACCGAGAUACUGACGGUCUUUCAGUUGGUGCGUACGGUCUAGAAAGAGUUUCUGUACAAAAAUUUUGUAUCCAUGAUAAAACAAAAAAAAACCAUAAAUUACGUAAGUGUCGGAAUAUGAAAUAAUAUUAUUUUUCAAAUGUAUGUACAAUUAUUUAUUUACUCAUUUAGUUAAGUCAAGCCUACAUGACAUGUUUUUAUUAUUUAGUAUAAUUGUAAUUAUUAUUUACGUAAUUUUUGAUAGCUCGUGUAAAAAAAUUUGUUACGAAAACGUUUAUGGAUGAACUUCCAAAAUUGAGAGGAUUUUUAAUUUUGAGUUGAUCAUUGGAAUUUUAAAAUAAUAAGAAGUGUCAAAAUUUUAUACUAGUGCGGAAUUUUCUUGUGAUUUUGAAGUUAAAAGACGAUUAGCAAUUUUCGGAUUUUCUUUUCGAUAAAUGAAUUUAAAAAAAAAAUAAAUAAAAAUGUGCACUUGUAGAAAAUUUAAAAAACUACAAGUGCAAUUUUUUUAAAUGUUUUUUUUUCGUAAUUUAUUGUUUUAAAAAAAUCCAAAAAUUUUUAGACCGGCUAACUUCAGUAUCUUUUUUUCCUGCGGGUUUCUAUUUUUUUUUUUAAAUUUUUUUAGCAAAAUUAUUUGAAUUGACAAUUUUGUGAGUUCAUAAAAAGUUCAUUACUUCCAAUCAUUUUUCGGACUAUUUUUGAAAAAGUCAAAAAAAAAAACUGACCCUAAAAGAUUUUAAUAAAACAAAAAAUGUUCAUAAAUUUUUUUUUUUUCCUCAUACCUGAAUAAUUCUAGUAAAAGUCAAAAAUUUUCUUAAUUCCCAAUUAAUUCCUUAUUUUUUUUUUUCUUCAAACCCAAAAAAUUUUCAAAUCAAAUUAUUUUUGUUAAAAAAAAAAACCGAAAAAAAAACUUUCACCGGAAAAUUUUCCACGAUCCUGAAGUUAGCAGACAAUUAAAAUUUUUUUUGAUUUUUUUUUAACAAUUAAAUGUGGAGAAAAAAAAACUAAAAAUAUGCACAUAUACAUAAAAAUAUGUAGAAAAUUUAAGACUACAAGUGCAUUUUUUUUUCAUAAUUUAUCGUUUUUUUUUAAAUCCAAAAAUUAUUAGACGUCGGCUAAUUUCAGUAUCAUAAAUUUUUCACUUUAUAAUUUUUAAAAUUCCCAAAAAUUUUCUCCUUAAAAUUCAAAAUUGUCUCCGUUUUUGAAGUUCACUAUCACGAUCCUUUUGAAAACUUUUUCUUACACGAGAGUAAAAAUAAAAAAAACCAUAAAUUAAUUUUUAAUUACAAAUUACAAUUAAAAUUUUUUUUUUUUCAGUGAGCAAUUGAACAAAUCACUUGAAAAUAAUCUUUUUUUUUUUUUUUAUUUUUUUUGUAUAUUUGUUUGUUUGUUUAUUUAGUAAUUUGUAUCGCAAAGUAAAUUCGUUGGUAAUAAGAGUAAUCCAUUAUCCGCGAAACAUCUCGACUCUGACAUUUGUUCAGAGAUUUAAAUGCGCUUAGCAUCCUCAUAAUUCACUCACGGUGCCGCGGAUUAAACUGUAACGAGUAAACUUCAUACGGAUUGAGAUUAAACGGAAAUUGGUAACGCACAGUAGAAAAAAAAAAAUAAACAAAUAAAUAAAUGAAACAAAAUAUACGAAAGAUGAGAAUUUAAAAUAAAAGCGAGUGAUAUUUCUGUUGAAAUAAAAUAAUAUAAGUAAAGAUUUAUCAUAAGACUUUUUUUAGUCGCUCGUGUGUGUGUUGAGUGAGAGAUUUAUUGAAUGUGUUGCUGAUAAAUAAACAAAAUAACAUGAUAUGAGUAAAUAAAGUCGUGUGAAAUAGCCAAAUAUGACAAAGAUUUUAGGGAUAUCGUUACAAUUAAAUAUAAUCUCGCUAGGCUAGAUUAACUGUAGAUUAUAAAGUAAAAAAGUAAAUAAAUAUACAGAUACAAAGUUAAAUAUUAAAGUAAAAUAACUUUUCAUUAUUAAUUAUAAUAAAUAAUUUCAGUGGAGCGUAAUGAGAUUUUAAAAUAAAAAAACUAACUUUUGGCGGGAAAUGAAAAUUGCCAAUUUUGUAAAUAUAUAAUUAUAAUAAAUAAUUAAUAAUAAUGAUGAUGAUGAUGAGGCAAAUAGUGUCAAGCACAAAUCACUGAUUGAAAAUAUUGUAAUGAAUAAUUAGCGAGUUAUAAUAAAUCAUACUCACUUACAAUAGUAAUUUUAAUGAGUAUAAAUAAGUUUAUUAAUAAAUAAAUAAAAUGUAGAUUUAAAAAAAAAAUUGUAAACAACUUAGAGAAAUAAAUAAUAAAAUUUUAAAUAAAUAAACUAACAGAUUUUCGUCAAGUGAUGCGUGUAUUUACAAAGGUAAACUCAAAUAAUUAUUUAAAUAUAUUAUGUUAUGGAGGCAUCGGUUGUCUGGAUUUUUUUUGCUGGUCUAUUGAAUGCCUACAAUUUUUUUUGAUAUUAUAAUUUUUUACUGCUCAGUUGUCUACAAAAAUUUAUUUCCUUUGUUGCCUAUGGAAAUAUUGAAUAUGUAAUUUAAUUGCAUAGAAAAACUAGUGCACUGAUCUGAUGUCUACGGAGAAAUAAUUCAUUUUUUUUUUAUGACUGUAAAAACUCGGGAUUGAAUGCAGAUUUUAUGAAAAUUGAAUUCACGGAGUUUUGGAGUUUUUAAAAAAUUCGGAGCAAAUUCAGUGACGGAUUUUUUUUUAAUCCGCGUUUUGGUUCGAAGUUUUAAUAUUUAAAAAAAUUCCCCGGAGUAAAUUUAACUGCGAGACAAAUAAAUAGACCUCCGUAUUUACUCCGGAUUUAAUCCGCAAUUUUUUUUGUCUAUUUAAUUGUGUAUCCAAUCAAAGAAAUAUCUAAUUACUGAAGAUAAGCUUCUGAUUUUACUGCGAAAACUGAGUACUCGAAAAAAUUAUCAAAUUUCAAGACUAAUUACCUGAGAAACAGCUGAUCUGAAAAAUAUCAAAACCGCGGAAGUAACCGGAAAACUUGAUAGUUUUUUGUUAAAAAUUAGUGACCUGAUCAGGUUAUUCCUGCAUCGGCUAUGAGACUCAACUCAGGAUUUUAUUAUGGACCGGGUAUGUCAUACUACUGUGAAGACUAACGUAGUUUUGAUUUUUUUUCAAAUCUGCUAUUUUUUUUCUCAAGUGAUCGGUCUUGAAUAUGAAGAGUUUUUCCUCAAGUACUUGAUUUUCUCAGCAAAAUCAGGAGCUUAUCUGCAGUAAUUAAAUAUUUCUUUCAUUUGGGUACACAAUUAAAUAGUAGACUAAAAAAAAAUUUGUGGAUUAAAUCCAGAGUAAAUGCGGAGCGGAUGUCUGCUUAUUUAUUUAAUUCUCUUACAGUUAAAUUCAUUCCGAAGGGGAAUUUAUUUUAAUAUUAAAACUCUGGAUCGGAACGCGGAUUUAAAAAAAAUCCAGGUCACUCCGAAUUUACUCCGAAUUUUUAAAAAACUCCAGAACUCCAAGUGAAUUCAAAUUUAAAUAAAAUUCUUAAUUACUCCGCAUUCACUCCCGAUUUUUUACAGUCAUCAAUUAAAAAUGAAUUAUUUUUCCAUAGACAUCAGAUCAAUGCAUUAAUUUUUCUACGCAAUUAAUUUACAUAUUUGAUAUUUCCGUAGGCAACAACCGAAGAAAAUAAAUUUUAGUAUGCAACUGAGUAAAAAUUUCUAAUCUCCAAAAAAAAUUGUAGGCAAUAGAUCAGGAAAAACAAUCCAGACGACUGAUGCCCCCUUAUGUUAUGAGCUCUCUAACUCUUUAUCGACGUUCGUCAGAAUCUUAUUAACAGUAAUUAUUAUUUAAAUGUUAUAAUUAUCACAAAAAAACAAAUAUUAUGUAAUAAUUAUCAAUAAAUUAAUAGAUUUUAAAAAUAAAUAAAACGCUUACCUAAAUUUUUAAAAAUAAAAUUGUAAAAUUAACGGACAAAUUUAAAAAAUAAAUUAUGUACAUUGUACUGUAAUUACAAUUUAUACUUACUCGUGACUAUUACCUCUAUCAAUAGGAUAUAUAAAAAAAAAAUACCUAGAAAUUAGAGUUAAGUGUCAAGCUCAAAUUAUUAAUUUGGAGAUUAAAAGCUGACUGCUUGUCAUCUCAUAUUUUAAAAUGAUAUUAAAAUAACAAUAAAUAUAUAUAAAUAUAUAUAUAUUUAAUUUAAAUAAAUAAUUGCGUUUAUUUUACGCACAAAUUCAAAAUUAAUAACAGGCCUAUUGAUUAUUAAUUAUUUAUAUUAAUAAUAAUAAUAAUAAAUAGUAAUAAAUAAUUUAUUAUAAAUUGAUUUGUGACGAGCCAGUCGAUAAAGACUCGUUUUACGCAGUGUAUAAAUAAUCUCAAUAAUACGCACCGAUACAAAAUAAUAAUAAUAUUUAACUACCGUCAACUUUUAAUUAUAAUAAUAAAUAAAUAAAUAAAUAUAAAUUUUAAAGAAAAUGAGUAGAAACGUUUAACAAUAAAUAACAUGACUACGUAAUUACACAUCUUUUACCAACAUAUCCUAGUGUACGAGUCAGGGUACUGCCCAAUUAAAUUUAUAUUCAUCUAUAAUUGUAAUUAUUUAUAAUUAUAAUUAAUUGUUAAUUUUUGUUUUUUUUAAUCACAAGAUUUACUGGCAACUUUAUGAGAAUCUCAUUUAAUUUAAUUUACUCAUUAAUAGAGUCGGGAUUUUUGCUUUGAUUUAAAAAUAAUAACUAAUGAUUGAUGUUGUCAAAUGUUUGAUUUUACGGCGGAAAUAUUGGUCGUAUGAAAAAAUUUUUAAAACAAAAGUUGUAGGAAAUUUAAUUUUAUGAAAAUAAUGUCUCCUAUAAUUUUUUUAUAGGACUAAUACGAAAGCCGUAAUUUCAAAAUUAUGAUUUUCAUAAUUAUCAAAAAUUUGAACCGUUCAUUAUGAAUCUUAAUUUUGGAAUUGCGGUGAAAAUAUUGGUUGUAUAAAAAAAAAUUGCAAACAAAAGUUGUUCAAAAUUUAAUUUUGUACAAAAAAUAUCUCUUAUAAUUUUUUCUUAAGACCAAUAUUUUCACCGUAAUUUCAAAAUUAAGCUUUUCAUAAUUAUCAAAAAUUUGAAUCAUUCAUUAUGAAUCUUAAUUUUGGAAUUAUGGUGAAAAUAUUGGUCGUACAAAAAAAUCAUAACAGACAAUUUUUUUCCAAAAUUAAAUUUCCUACAACUUUUGUUUCGAAACUUUUUUUAUAAAACCAAUAUUUCCGCCGUAAUAUCAAACAUAUGAACCAUUAAUUUCAAAAUUAAGGCAAAAAUCUUUUCCCUACUCAUUAAUUAUUAUUAAAUAUUUAUAAAACUGUUUUUUUUUUACUUUCAAAUUAAUUUGAAAAAAUAAUCAAAUUUAUUAAUUAAUUUUUAUUAUUUAAAUAUUAAUUAUAAGUUUACUAGAUCUGAAUAAAUUCAUUAUUGCCAUCAAUAAUUUUAAGAUUUAAUUAAAACAAUUUUUUUUAAAUUAAAUGUAUAUAAAUAUAUAGUAAUUAAUAAUUGCCAGUAAUACUUGAGUAGUCCUAAAAUUUUUGUAAUUUUAUUGAAAAAAAAAAAUACGCACCUGAUUGGCAGCAUUGAAUUUUUUUUUUAAUAAAAGUUUUUUUGAGCAUAAAAAUGAAUGAGAGUAAAAAAUAUGAGAGGUAUUCCAUGACAUCAGUAUGUUUAUGUAUACUUUAUAAAAUUGCGGGUGUAUGUAAAAAAAAAAGAGUGAAUUUACUGAAAUGAAAAAAAUCAAUUAAUUAAUCAAUGAAAUUAAAAUUAAAAAAAAAUCGAUUGUCACAAAUACGAGCCAUUUUAAAAUGCACUUAAUUAAAUAACAAGUUGCACAAUGGCAAUUGAUUUACAUGCGUAUAUAGUAAAUGAAUAAAAAAAAAAAUCAGCUAUGCCAAUUUUAUUUUGCUUAUUGCAGUGUAAUUAUAUUGAAGGCGAGUUAAUUCUCGAUUAAUAACUUUAAAAUUAAUAAUAAUAAUAAUAAUUAAUUACGUAAAUUUAUUUUUACGCAUGUGUUGGAUAAUGAAAUGGUAAAAGGUGAAGAAAAAAAAGAAAA